AUGCAGAUAGCACUGCCGUGUUGUUCUCAGGAGGAGGAGAAGCAAGUGUGGAUUAUUUUGCCAAAGAGCUGUAAAUUAGUGCAAGUAGAAUCCGGAGUUUUGUGGAUUAUUUACUGUGACGGAAGAUGGCGAGAAUUGACAAAUUCAACGCAGACUUCAAUAGAUGAUUUGAAAAACUUAAAAAUCCCACAACAAUUUGGAUUAUUCCCAUUUCUGUGCAAAACUCCAACUGGUUCAAAUAGUGGCGAUGGUGCCGAUCCAAAUUCGGUUGAUUUUUGCAAAAAGUGGUUUGAAGUAAGCGUUUCUGCUCAGUCUUGUGCUUUUUCCUCCUCAUUUGAUUGA